AUGAAACGUCAGCGCAUCGAGGAUCCAUAUGGUUACAGCUACGGCUAUGGUGCUGCGUUGGGAGCUGGAAAACGACAGCGCCAGGACUCGUAUCAGAAGGCGCUGGCCGAAGGGAAAUAUGAGCUGCGAAUGCUGGUGACAAGCCGCGGCGCCGGUGCCAUCAUCGGCAAAAAGGGCGAAAGUGUGAAGAAGCUUCAGGCCGAGUGCGACGCAACUGUAUCAGUCCCCGAUAGCCAGACGCCGGAACGGUAA